AUGCUUACUCGAAGCUGUGCGCGUUGCACUACUAGGCUUCGUGCCGCCAGUUUCAAACCUAGAAUUCCAGGUGCAAGGGUUCAGACGAGACACUAUGCUAUGCCUGCUGGAGGUACUCCCCAGGCGUCGAAUGCCAAUGGUGUUGGAGGGCUGGCGCCUUUUGUCACUGAAUUAGAUCGUCUUGCGCCGAGUUUCGAUAUUCGAGGAGAGCAGAUUCAGAUUAUUCGUACUCCGGCAGAAUUCUACGAGACGUUAAAGGAUCGGAUACGAAAGGCCAAGAAAAGGAUCUUUUUGUCGACUUUGUACAUUGGAAAGUCGGAGAAAGAACUCAUUGAAACGCUGCAGGAGGCGUUAAGAAACAACAAGGAUGUCAAGCUGAGCAUUCUUACGGAUUGCCUGCGAGGAACUCGAGAAGCGCCUAAUCCAUCGAGUGCAUCUUUACUGGCACCGUUAGUCGAAGAAUUUGGAGCGGAUCGUGUUGAGAUUCGAAUGUAUCAUACGCCAAACUUGACCGGGUUGAGGAAAAAGUAUAUUCCCACGAGGAUUAACGAGGGAUGGGGACUUCAGCACAUGAAGCUAUAUGGUGUUGACGAUGAGAUCAUCAUGUCUGGUGCGAAUCUGUCUACCGACUACUUUACCAACCGUCAGGAUCGAUACCAUCUCUUUUCUUCGAAAGAAGUCACUGAUCACUUUUGGAACAUCCACUCAGGAGUGACAUCCUUCAGUUUCCUUGUUAAGCCCUCAAAAGAACCUGCAGGCUUCACUCUCGCCUGGCCUGAGAACAACUCCGCGCCUUCACCACUAGAGCAGCCUCAAUCAUUCAUCAAGAGUACUACAUCAACACUACAAACUCUUCUGCAUCCCAAGUCUCAACCUGAGAAUGACAUCUCAGACACAAGGGUGUACAUGCUUGGUCAGAUGUCACAGGUUAUGAAGCCUGAUACGUCAACUGAGCUUCCAAUCAUCACACAUAUCCUCAAGACUCUUGCUUUGCCCGCUUACCGAGAGUCUUCCUGGACAUUUACCGCUGGAUAUUUUAACCCUGCGCCCUCACUCACGAAACUGCUUCUCAGCACCGCAUCCUCCUCCAACAUUGUGAUCACUGCUUCGCCCGAGGCAAACGGAUUUUACAAAUCCAAAGGCGUCUCUGGUCUCUUGCCAGAUGCUUACACCCUUCUGGCUCGCCGCUUCGUCCACCGCGUACACCACGAGGGCCGCGACGACGAUAUCACUUUAAAGGAGUGGCGUCAUGGUUGCGUUGGUCAACCAGGAGGAUGGACAUAUCAUGCCAAGGGCCUUUGGGUCACCAUGCCAGGCGAUAAGCACCCAGCGAUGAGCAUCAUUGGAAGUUCCAACUAUACCAAGCGCAGCUAUUCACAUGAUCUCGAAGCUGGCGCCUUGAUUGUCACCCGUGAUGAAGGACUUAAGUCAAGAUUGGGAGAAGAGCAGUUGUGGUUGCAGGAGCACGCUACCAAGGCAACUCGCGACGACUUUGCUCGAACUGAAAGAAGAGUUGGCCUCAAAGUCAGAGUGGCCAUGUGGAUUGUUUCGCUUGUCGGCGGAGCAUUGUAA